AGAGCCCGAAUGUUUCGAGUCGAGACUUGCAAGAAGAGCCGAGUGAUCACGAGACCAUGGAGAAGUUGCGUGCAUUGACUUCAUGGCGUCAGGAUUCAGUAGAUUCCUGGAUCGAUUCACAGGUCAGCCACCAGCGAUACGACACGUGGAUGCUCGUCGUAAGCAGACGAACUGGUCGGGGACUGUCAGUGAGGGGAACCUUAUGGACAGUCCUCGGGAGAUUGAUCGGGAGUGGGAAUCGGGCCUCAAGCCAUCUUUAGUUCCACGGGCGAAUUCGCCGGUGCUCAUCGCAAUCUCUCUUCAUCAACAAGUUUAUCCACGAUUCAACCACCGACCGAGUGAGCUCGCUCGCUUUUCCCCUCAUUCCCUAACUUUCGUGCUUCCAUUGCCACCUUUCCAUUGCGCGCUCGGUGAAUUUUAGUUACUUCUCUCGUUGAGGUCAAACCGGGCGCUGCCUGCUCGUCCUCGGUAUUCCUCGGACACAAGGUUUCAGUUUUGAAUUGCUAGGAGAGUUUCGAAGAGGAGGGUUGGAAGUAUAGGUUCGGAUUUGCUCGAGAGGCGAAUUCUGGUACGUUGGUGAGAUUUUGUGAAGCGAGAUGGAGGUGAAGAUCGCGGUUCUCCCUGAGGAUGAGAAAGUGUAUGUAAUUACGUUAGCAGGAAAGGCGGAGCACAGAUUUAACAAAGAAUCCAUCGACGCGAUCCAUCGCGCGUUAGAUGAGGUGGAGAAAGAUUCCAAGGCCACGGCGUUGGUUUUCACCAACGAGGGCAAAUUUUUUUCCAACGGCUUGGAUCUUGGUAGGAUCGGGAAGGAUGCGAGCAUGUUCGAGGCGAUUGUUGCGGAUUUCCACGUACUUCUAAAGCGAGUUUUGCUGUUUCCAAUUCCUACGGUAGCGGCCAUUUGCGGUCAUGCCGCUGCUGGUGGAUGCAUGUUGGCCUUGGCUUGUGACUUCCGAGUGAUGUCUGCGGAGCGAGGUUACAUCUUCCUAAGCGAGAUUGAUAUAAAAAUCCCGUUGACGCCGGGAAUGAACGGAUUGAUCCAGAGCAAGAUACUUGGGAACGCACUUCACAAAGCUGUUCUCACUGGCCACAAGUUUUCUGCCAAGGCUGGCGUAGAAUCGGGGUUUAUCGAUGCUGCACUCCCAGACCCAGCGUCUACUUUCAAGGAAGCUUUGGACAGAGCCAAAGCACUCGCAUCGAGAAAAUUCGAUCGACUUGUUUACGGAACCAUGAAACGGGAGAUGUUUAAAGUAGCCGUCAAAGAACUAGAAGAUGGUGGAUUCGGCCCAAUACCCAGACCAGUCCUUCUCGCAAGGAUGUGAGCAGGAGAGUGCUCGGUUAGUAUUUUGACGACAUAUGAAUUUCCAGUUUUCAUCAUAGAUUUUAAGUGCCAAUUUUCCUGUAAAAGCAUGUAAAUAAGAUUCAAGUAGCCACGGCAGUGUCAUGCCCAUUCUUUUACAUGGUUAUUGGUACCUAUCUUUCGAAAUGGGAAUUUCAGUUAGAGCUGAAUAGUCAAAUGCUGAGCAGCGAAAGUAUCACUUUCGCUGGAAAAGCUUUUUCACUCAUUUAUGAGUCAUGAAAUAAUGAGUUAGUCGCCGGUUAGCGUUGGAAGUGCCACUUCCUGCUUCGAAUAUAAGUAGGUGAGUACUGUCCCAAUGGAGUCCGCACAACACGCUUAGCUCAGCCACUCUCACCACAGAGAAGAGUGGCACAUCAAUGUUGGCAAGGAAGGCAUCACCUCUAGUUCAUGAAUUACAAACCUGCUGAAUCUAUGCCAGUUAUAAGUUAUUAUCCUGACCCUGACACAUUCUCAGAGCAGGAUAAGCGAAUCAGAGAUGGCAAGGCAUCUGAGAGAUACUGUCACCUUCAUGGAUUUCCAACAUUAUAAAGCAGAAAACGAUGAUGUAAAUCUGAGAGAGACGGUCAUCUGGGACCAUGUUUCCCACCGUGGAAAGUUCAGUUUUCCCAGUUCAUCAGACUGUUGUUCAAGUGUGCAAAGCUAAUCGUGAGAUUGGAACAUCAUCUCAACUCAACUUACUUUGUUGAGUGUUCAGCCUGUUUGGCAUUGUAAAGUGGAAGAACACAAAGAAAGGCCUUCAUUCAGUAUUGAAUGACAGGUUUACGACUCAAUAUACGGACCGAACAUGUCAAGCCUGUGACAAAUAUCCGCGAUGAGAGAUCAGGUGCAUGAGAGAUCAGGUAUACUUGGCCAUCAAACUCACCACGUCAAAUCAUAGUGCACAGCCCGCUGAGUAUACGAACGGGAGAUUACGAUGCCCUAUACAUCAAAAAGGGUCAAUUUUUCUCGAUUGAAUUUGGAGAUCAGAGACGGUCUACAUGACCGAAAUCAAGAGCGAUCGAAGAGCACUUACAAUAGAUGAAGGUGAUGAAUGUUUCGGCAGCUUCGAAGGACGAGAUGAAAAUCCCUUACCGAGAGUAGCAAUCUCCGAUUAUGAUCCUCUGGAUGAGAUGAUUAGUUGGACGGUGACUUUCUCAGUCUCCAGUUCGACGGGAGUUAAAUUAUAUAUUACAACAAUCGAUGAAGACAAGUUCUAGAGUGAAUCAAGUAAGCCUAUUGCGCAAGUACUUGAUUCGGCACGUAGCAUGCCCAAACUGAGCAUGAGCUGGGAUGAGCAAGAUGGAUGACCUGUCAACCAAGUCGACGUCAACUAUGAGUCUGGCAGACUGAAACCACGGUCAUCAUCACAGCGCUUGACAGAAUAGUUGGUGGUGUGAGCAACUUGGAGAACCUUCCUUGGUUUGGAGGUACGUCAUUAUCAGAAUCAAGAAUCUCGGGAGGGAGCUGCAGAGUGAACUGUCAAGAAACGUAGUUCGCAAACAAGAUUCACUCUGUUUUUGGGUCCACUACAUCAAGAGGGAUGUGAAUGCGACAGAAGCGGGUUGAGAUAGUCGUUGGAAUUGCAGACAUGACUGGCGUAUUGAUCCAGAUUGAGAGAAGUCGAUGGUCCAGUGAAGAGAGCUGAGCUUAUGAGCCAGACAAAGACAAAGAGGUGGAUGCCGAGACUUCAGGAUGGAACGAUGCAGUCUGUCAGCAAGUGUGCUUGCUGAAAACGGCUGAUAGUUUUCGAGACAUACAUUUGAGACUCUCAUCUCCGUCUCAGCACCGACACUGCUUUACCAAGUACUCGUCAACUCUCAGUUAACAGUAGAACAUGUGAUGGCCACUUGAGUUGGAUGUUGUGUUUUGUUGAGUUAGUCGAUCAGAUCACAAGGCUAUAACGGAGAUAUUGAGACAGGACACUUUGUGCACUUCAGUUGUUGAGCUAUCUCG